AAAAAAUAUUUUAAAUAGAAUCUUGCUUUGAUACUUUAAACCCAUCUUCUCCUUCUUCACCAACACGACAUCAUGGCCGCCCAAUCACCUCUACUGUCUCUCCCUCUCCAGGAUCGUGUAGCCAUAGUCACAGGCUCAUCCCGUGGCAUUGGCAAAGCCAUAGCCAUCCACUUGGCUUCACUUGGUGCAAAACUUGUUAUCAAUUACACUUCCAACAAGGAACAGGCUGAUCUUGUUGCUAAUGACAUCAAUUCUUCCUGUGUUGACAAUACCCCACGAGCCAUAGUAGCCCAAGCUAAUGUUUCCGAUCCAGCCCAGGUCAAGUUUCUCUUUGAUGAGGCUGAAAGAGUCUUUGGCUCUCAACUUCAUAUCUUGGUUAACUGUGCUGGUGUAUUGGAUCCUAAAUAUCCUUCCAUUCCCAACACUUCCUUGGAGGAUUUUGAUCAUAUUUUCAGUGUCAACACUAGAGGUGCAUUUUUAUGCUGCAAGGAAGCAGCAAAUCGGCUGAAACAUGGUGGUGGUGGUCGGAUAAUAGUGUUAUCAUCAUCUAUGGUCGGUGGAUUGAUGCCUGGAUUUGGGGCAUAUGCAGCAUCAAAGGCUGCAGUGGAGACAAUUAUAAGGAUAUUAGCUAAGGAACUGAAGGGAACUGGAAUUACUGCAAAUUGUGUUGCACCAGGGCCUAUUGCAACAGAGAUGUAUUUUGCUGGAAAAACUGAGGAGCAGAUAAAGAACAACAUAGAGUCGUCCCCGCUAGGCCGGCUUGGUGAGACCAAGGACAUUGCAGAGGUUGUUGGGUUUAUGGCUACUGAUGCUAGUGAGUGGAUUAAUGGGCAGGUAAUUCGGGCCAAUGGUGGUUAUGUAUAGGAUUUGAAAAAUUCAUCCUACUAGUUUUUGAAAGAAUAAUUCUCUACGUUUUAAAAGUUGCUGUUCAAAGUUGUGUCAACUAGCUUGAAUUGCAUGCUAGGCACAAAUGCAGACAAGUAUGAAAAUGCUUAGUGUUUUCAUAAGCAGUUUUAUAAUGAAUGAUAAAGUUUUACGUUUACAUAA